CCAUGCUUACUAUGGCUGGUUUCAUUGAAUAUUUAGAAAAGCGUGCUAUAGCGCUCGAAGAUAGUCAUCAAAAUAAACAUAGUACCUACUAUGAUGGUACCAACAAACAUUUAAAUAAUAAAAGUACUUGCUAUGAAGGUACUCAUAAAUCAAUACCUAAGGUCACAAAUGUGGUAUCGAAGUCGUUGCCGCCCUGUAGGUAUUGUGCUAAUAAAGACCAUCAGAUAUAUAACUGUCCCAUAUUUAAAAUGUUACCUACAGCUCAAAGGCAAUCUUAUGUAAAUGAAAAGCAAAUGUGUAAUGUAUGCCUUAAUAAUCAUGAUGGUAAAUGUAAAUUUAGUUUUAAAUGUAAAAUGUGUAAACAGGGCCACAACACAUUGCUGCAUCAGGAGCACAAUGUGAAUGUGGACAAGCCCAGGACAAAUAAUGAUGACAGUCAGCAGCCACUAUCAUCUGAUACUGGGUUGCAUAAAAACUGAAAAUGGACCGGUAUUCCAGAAUACCAUGUUAGGAUAUAUUGUCGGAGGAAGUAUUCCUGAAAAAGGACACCACUGCGUGUUCAAUCCGUCAAGUCGAACCUCACAUCAUCGUGUGGUCUUUGAUGGAUCGAUGAGAUCUAGAAAUGGGACAUCGCUGAAUCAAGUCAUGCUGAACGGACCUGUUGUACAGAGUGAGCUCUUUGACAUUCUUAUUUUGUUCAGGACUUAUCCAUUUAUUUUAACUUGUGAUAUUCAAAAGAUGUUUCGCAAUGUUUUUAUAAAUGAACAUCAAUGCGGACUUCAAAACAUUUUAUGGCGCGAUUCGCCCAAAGACCCUAUCAACUGCUUGCAGCUUCAAACUGUUACAUACGGUUUAAAAUCAAGCACAUUUUUAGCUACAAGAGCUUUAAAGGAGCUAGAAAAUAUGCAUAAGGACCAGUUUCCUUUGGCCGCUCAGGCUAUUUAUAAAAAUACAUUUGUUGAUGAUGUGCUGACUGGUGCUGAUGAUGUGGAGACACUUCAGGAGCUGAAAAGGCAAAUUGUGGAGCUUCUAAAAUUAGGUAGUUUCUCAUUACAUAAAUGGUGUUCGAACCAUGCUCCAGUUUUGAGCGAUAUACCAGUUGAGCACAGACAAAUUGAUAGUGUAGAGAUAGCUUUAUAG